GUCCCCAGUUGUGCAGCAUCCAGUGCUGUGGGAGCAUGGUUGGUGCAGAUCUCGGGGGAGGAUCUAGGUUUAAACACACAGACAUAUCUAUACCCACACGGGUGACCAAGCCACUAGCAGACUGCCCUGGAUAUGUGGCCAGCGCCUGGGCUGAGCGGGCAAGCUCCUUACCUACCACCCCUCGCAUUGUGAGCAGCCGUUGCCCAGCCUGUCGGCAAUACCAGCUGCGCGUAACAGGCAGGAAAGCAUCUUUCACCUCCAUCCCGUGAAACCUGUCAUUUGGCAAUCGGGCUGGAGCAGUAAGCGCUCAAUGGAAAGGAAAAUCUGAUUUGCAUUUGGGGCCUGACGUCAGCCGGAGCAGGAAGCAGGAGCGUGGUCUGACCCUGCCAAGAAACGUUUGCUCAUGUCGCUCGGCUCUUCCGCCAGCAAAGAGUGAGUCUGGCGGGGUGGGGACAGGCUGAGAAGGACAGCCCUUUUGAGAAGAGGAAGCGUUUGGAGAAAAUCAACCCUCCACAGCGGGCGCAGGAGGCAGAGGGUGGUGAGCGUCCCUGCCCUAGGCACGCACCAUGCGUAGCCGCGGCUGAUGGCCACGGCGGGGGCAAAGGACACGCUGGAGAGGGACUGCGAAGCAAUGACCCUGCAGCAGCCGCCCCUGGCCCUGAAAGGGGGCUCCCCCCCAGCGCUGUACAUCCACAGCAUGCCUGCCUGGGUGCUGGAGGACUUCUGCCAGAAGAUGGACUGCCUGAGCGACUACGACUGGAUGCGGUUCGCCUCCUACGUGAUAACUGACCAAACGGAGCUACGGAAAAUCAAGUGCAUGGAGAAGACGGGGAUCAGCAUAACAAGGGAGCUGAUGUGGUGGUGGGGAGUGAGACUGGCGACAGUGCCGCAGCUCCUGGACCUGCUGCGAGGACUGCAGCUCUACCGGGCGGCCCAAGUCAUUCUGGACUGGACAUCAGCCUCUAAUAUUGCCAACUCUGGAAAAGAAGAGCUGGUAGAGCCGCCUAAACCAGAGAACAGAUCUUUAACUCCCAUAGAAAACAAGAAGAUAGACAGAGAAAAUGGGAUAAAUCUGUUGCCAUCAACAGACUCUUCACAUCCGGGAGUACCACCAGCAGUUUCAGGUGCUGUUUCUGAAGGAGCCUUGUAUUCACUCCCUUUGCCACCACCUCCCCCAAGAGAUCUUUUGAAAUCCUUAGAGUCAAAUCCUCCUGUCUCAUCAAGUGUGAAGCCUUGCAGCUCUCCUGCUCCUCAGCAGGAGACAAUGACGGAUCUCCCCAGUGGGAGUCUUCUGUGGACCCAGAGAGAAGUUACUAAUGCCACAAGUGGUUUCAGUGACAAGAGCAGAAUUUGUGAAGGUACUUUUGCGGAUGUCUACAAAGGUCAGAGGAACAACGUAGAGUAUAUCAUCAAAAGACUGAAAGAGAUGGAAUGCACAAGCCCGGAUUCCACCCAAAGGUUCUUUCAUACUGAAGUACAGAUUUGCUUUCGGUGCUGUCAUGUCAACAUCUUGCAGCUGCUGGGUUUCUCAGUAGAAACUGGAUUGCACUGUCUGAUAUAUCCCUACCUGCCUAACGGAUCACUACAAAACAGACUUCAGUGUCAAGAUGAUUCUGCUGCACUGACCUGGGAGAUGCGAAUUAGCAUUUCUAUAGGGCUCCUCCGAGCUACAGAGUAUUUACAUAAAUCUGGAAUUCUUCAUGGAAAUAUCAAAAGCUCCAAUGUCUUGUUGGAUGAAAACUUUACACCAAAGCUUGGACAUUCAGGUCUGCGGCUGUAUUCUGUUGAUAAAAAAUCAGAAUAUGCCACAAUGAAAACCAAAGUCCUACAGGCUUCUCUUACUUAUCUGCCAGAAGAUUUUAUUAGACAUGGGAAGUUAACAGAAAAAGUCGAUACAUUCAGCUGUGGUGUGGUCUUAGCAGAGAUACUGACAGGGAUUAAGGCCCUGGAUGAAGGAAGAGACCCUAUUUAUCUGAAAGAUAUGAUUGCUGAUGAAAUUCAAUUAGCAAAAGAAAGCUCAUAUUCCAAAGUAAAAAAAUUGGAAAAGCUAGCUGCUAAGGAAAUAUGCUGUAAAUAUCUAGACAAGAAAGCAGGACACUUGCUGGAAGAGGUUGCAAUUGAUUUUGCCUCAGCCAUCUGCCUUUGUCUGAAAAAGAAGAACUGUAACACAGCAGAGGUGCUUGAAAUUAUGGAAAUGGCUGAAAAGAAAUUAAGAGAGCAUUACAUCUGUGGAGGCAGCACUUCUGGAUUCUCCAUGAACACUCCUGAAGAAACUGAUGAUGAGACAGUGAGUCUCAGCAUGGACGUGCCUUCUGCAGGGAAGAAUAAAGAGGACAGCACACAGCCUGCCAUCCUGACCAGUGCCAAUCCGUGCCCACCUUCAAUAGGUGUUGUGUCACCUGCCAUUUACUGUGAACAGAUGUCAAGGGUUCCUUGUGAAUCAGAUGAAUCAAGUAGUUUUAUAUGGAACCCUUCAGAAAGAUCUACAGAUGAGCUAUCUAGCUGUAACAAAUCAGAAAACGUGGCAGCCUCUGAUUACAAGAUCAAGCAGGAAAAGCCUGCACAUGGACUCCAGGAAAGAAAUGCGGCAUGUGCCAAAAGUGAUGAUGUCUUAGAAGCAGCGUCUACUGCACAGAGCACCUCUCAACAAAACCACACAGACCUUGACUCUCCAUGUUCUUCACAAGCAUUAGCCAGAGAGACAUCUUGGAAAAUAAAGAUAAAUGAUAAAAAAAAGAAGCUCAUGGAAAAUAUUUUGCUGUAUGAAGAAGACAAAUUAAACAGCUCUGAACUUUUUGAAUCAUAAAUUGGAUGGAUUUAUCAACAGUGGCCAGCUCUGAAGAAAAAUAAGGACUGUCUCCUCAUUAGAAAGCUGGUAAAAGUGUAUCUUUCUUGUAAGUUUAAGUAGCAGAGUUGGAUCAGAAUCGUUAGCCCCGACUGAAGAAAACAGAAGUGAUCACACUGAGAAGAAACAGGAAACAUCUGUUCUAAAGCAGAUAAAAGCACAAUGCCACUCUGUAAACAGAAAUGCCUUCUUCCUUCUCAUGUGUAAUGUAGAGAUAUGGCAGACACAAACUGCCAAAAUAAUUUACCAUCCUUUUGCAGUGUAUUUCAGAAAGCAUCUACAUAUAAUGUAUGUCUUGUUAAAAAGCACAGUCCUAGGAGUUAUAGGGCAAGCACUAAUCAGCAACCAGUUAGCAAUGCUCUUUACUGUUAUUGUGCAAGCAGACAGAAAUCUCCAGAGAGACUGAAGGUUUCUAUUUUCCAAAGAAUCUAUCCUAUUCCAUAUUAUCUUAGCCCACAUACUCAAAACUACUGCAUUACCAGAGAGGGGAUUUUUUAUGCAAGUUCUCACAUGUAUUCUACAUGACUCAAUCGCAAUCUGAAUUGCACUGAACAUAGUAGUAAGUAAAUAAUUAGAGCCAUAUUAGUCUAUGAGUUUCUCUACUACAUAGGUAUGACAAGUUUUGGAAGUUUUAACCUUUCAGCUUCACUGUUGGGAGCUCUAAGAUGGUGUUUAAUGCUUCAUAAUUGAUUCUUGAAGUUAAUUUUUUCUAAGUGUCCUUUAUAUGUUGUUAAGGUUUCUCAUUGUGCUUCACAUGGUAACUGUUGUAUAUUUUGGAUUAGGGACAAGAUUUUAAUUUAAAAUGUCUUUAAUUUUGUUAUAGGUCACUUGAAAUUUGGUUUGUUAUAUUUAUUUUGGCUAUCAGUGAAAGAUGAGCUAGUGAGUGGACCUGUUCAUGGUGCCACACUCACCACAUGUUCUUAGAGAAGAAUAGUUUUGUGUGUCUCUUGGCUUACCCAGCAUUAGCAGCCUUGGGUUCAGGCUUGGUGAUCACGCUUAAAAGAAGAUAAAACCAACAAACUUGUAUGCUGUCAUAUUUAUUAUCAAGUGAAAGCCCCUUAAAGUGUCACUUUCAUUGUUACAACUAUUUAUUACAUGUGAUAUUGUUAGUAUGUUCUUGUGCAGUCUAAGGAAAUGCAGGUUUAUUAUAAACAAAAAGAACUAUCAGAACAUGUAGCUCAGCUUACAGACUGCUGCCUCCUUAGCUUAGCUAAAAGGGCCUGAUGUACAGAAAUGGCUAAAAUUCACAAUGAAGUUGAGAGAAUAUUUUUUAAAAACCAUGAUUUUUUUUAUGUAAUUCUUUUUUCACUGGAAUUGUGUAAUGGUCUAGUUUUUCUGCCUUUACAUGAAGGUCUCUGAGAAAGACCUCAUAUCUUCUAUAGUUGUAUAGUACCUAGUUCAUUGUAGGUACUACUAGGAGCAAGUAAAAGUAUUUUAACUAAAGACCUGAGUAUUAGAAUCAUCUAUACAUUUGUCUGUCAAAUUGAUUUCUACACCAAAACCUGGUAAAAUUCCAUAUUUAGAAGUGCCUUCGAUACUGUCUAUGUAUUUGCCGGUGUCAGAUUCUUUAUUUUAGCAGAAUCAAACCAAGAAAACGUGGGUACUGACAUAAAAAGCAUUAAGUGUAUUCAGAUUGGUCAGUAACUGCUUAAUUCCACAUGAGAUUUAAUUGAGAUACUUUAUGGUGCUGCAAAUUUAAUAUUUGUUGGUUUUCGUGGGUACUUUUUGAGAGAUCCAUGUUAAGUACCUUGGUUCUCGUCCAGGAAGAAAUGCUCACAGACACCCCAGGACUGAAUGGAAAACCUAAGUUUUUUAAAUUGAGAAACAUAAUUUAUACAGUUCUGUUUCAUGAAAAUGCUUUAAUGAUUUUGUACUCUUUCAGUCACAAAAUGAAUUUGUUGUUUUUUCCGCCUUGUUCCAGGUUAGUUUUAAAAUAUUCUGAGGUGAUAUACAUGGACUUAUAGAGUUACAUGAGUACAUAAUGUAACAUCUACAAGACACUGCAUAGUCUUAGACUAAUGAUGCUCUGCAGAGUAUCUUGGCUAUUCAGUAUAAUGUAUGUUUUAAUCUCAACUCAGCAAAUUUAUACAUUACCAUUUACUAAUACCUUUGUGAAUAAAAAAAAAAAGAAAAAAAAUCCUUUAUAGCCUGCUUUUUCUUGAUUUAUGGCUCAGAAAAAUGUGUCUCAAUCCACCCUAUUUAGGUAAUUUUGUGUUUGUAAUAAUUAGUACAAACAUGUAUAUUUGGUCUUUGUUCACUAAUGAAUAGCUGAUUUUUUUUCCUUUGAGAUGUCUCUAGAGAAAAAUUUCUAAAAUUAAUAAUUACAGAAUUACUGGGAUACAACUGACAUUUAUUGAUGCUCAGAUGCACAAUCUGUAGUAUCCUUUAAGAUAUUGUAGCUCUUUCUCAAAAAUUAAGGACAACUCUGCUUUGUUUUUACCCAUGAACACUAGAAUAAGGACAUAGAAUAUAUUUUUUUAAAAAAAUAGAGUGAUUCUGGAACUACAGAACUGUGCAAGGAAAACUGCCAACAGCAACAUCGCCAAUGCUUUGUCUGAGUAACACUCUUCGCUAAACUCUAUCAAUUAAUGGUUGCCUGUGUCUAAAAGCACAGAUCUAGUCACAGCCUUUAAAUAUAUACAUGUAUAUAAUUAUGUAGGGUCAUUGUUUGCCAUCAUUCAGUCCCACAGAACUUUUUAUUAUUGGUGGUAUCUUGUAGUCUUGAGUUCUGUUAUAGAAAACAAGCCCGAAGGUGCACAUGUAAAUGAAAAUUUCAGGUUUAUGUCAUCAUUUCCUUUUCGCCAGUUAAUAACUCAUAGAGGGCAGUCUAACAUCGUUUGUGCACUUGAAGACUUCUAGAGUUGUUCCUGUCAUUCGUAUUUUUAGGUAUGAAGUAAUGUUUCUCAGUGGAAGUCUUUCAAAUCUUGACUUCCUGUUCCUGUGAAAAACAACAAGAAUGAACACAGUGGAUUGGAUUGAGAAAAUAUUUCACUUGAAUUAUAAAGCGGAUGUAAAAAUCCUUUGUUGCAGCAGAGCUACUUUAUUGUUUUGUUUCAGUUGCUGUAGUUGGUAGCUUUCUGUAGACCAAAAGGCAGAUUUUUAUCUAAACAAAGUGAGGCAAUGAAACACAUUGAGUUUGGUUUGUGUUGGCCAAAACCAAGUGUAGUCUCUUAACUAUUUACCCUUUGUUUUUAUCUGUAUAACUUGAUAAUGUUGUCUGAACCUUGUUUAGUAUCCUGUGAUGUCUGAUGGUCAUUUAAUACUUCCAUUCAGAUAGACAAAUAUUGAUGUGUUUUAUAUGCACCUUCCUUUUUCUCAUCUUUUGGGUUGUUGCUCUCCCCUAACUCACAUGCUGUUUAGUUGUUCAUAACUGCUUAAACAUGUUACAUACAAAUAGACUUUUUCAUUUAUUGUCUAACUUGAAAAUAAACCUGAGUGUGAUGAGGUAAAUGCUGUACAAAGGAACAGAAAAUAAGCGUGACUUGAGAGAGCAACACGUUGAAAAUCACAGGAAGAAGAAAACAAAGCACCAGUGAUCCACUGUAAUAUUCCUUAAGGCACUCCACAGCGUUUUGGAAUGUCAAAAAGGAGGAAUCUCAACCACAUGAAGUUCAGGCUGAUAGCCCACAAAGUGGAAGAGUUGUAAGGUAGAUUGCAGCUCAAGCAGCAUCCAUGUCAUUCCUAAACUUGAAGGCAGCUGAUGAUUGCACCUGUGUUCAGACAGACAGGGAACAAAAACAGGUGAAAGAACCUGCAGCUGUUCAGAAUGACUCAGGACAUCCUGUGACUUGUCCAAGCACAGCCACUGGAGGAGCCUCUCCGAGUCUGUGUUUGUGGAUGGAGAAAAACCAAACAAACAGGUGAAUGGAUGCGUUGAGAUGCUUGUGGGAUCUUGGUGGUUAGAAUCUGUUUGAAAAAAAUUAGGAAGAUGAAAUGCUUUUUUUAGACUGUUUCUUACUUUAGGAGUUUCCUGGGUUUGUAAAGCCCAGUCUAGUGAUGUGCCAUUACAGGAAAAGAGAAACAUUAGAUCAUGCUUUAGAUUGAGGAACUGUUACAAUUGAAGUGACUGGAUAUUUUCGCCCUCCCUCGUCUGUAAAGAAUUAAACGCUUCAAGUAAUUAUAAAAUAGUAGCUGAUUGAGUGAUUCUUGUUACUUCUUUAGUGGGAAAUUACUCUUCUUUUUAUUUAUUAUUUUGCAUAGGAACUAGGUUGAUUAUAGCCUAAUUAGUCAUCUUAUUUCGUUUUCACAAUUGAAUAAUCAUCUUAAAUUAGUGGAAGAAGAUAAUUCUCUCUAUGUAUAUAUAUAUAAAAACAUAUAUAAUGAAACAUAAAUAUAUAUUUCAUUAUCUCAAAUUAUUAGUAAGAAUGAUCCACAAAGAAACAAGCAUAUUCAGCUCCACCAUUUGAUUGAGGGGCUUGUCUUGUUGUAAAGUAAGUUUGUUCAUUGUUAAUUCGUUGCAUCUUGGCAUCCAUUGUAUGCAGUACUUGGGUUAGAACAACCAGUUGUACUGAAUACCCAGGUAAUUUACCCACCUUUUGUUAGACGGUUUUUUUCCCCUCAAUGUCAUUGCUCAGAAAUAAGAUAAUGAGAAUGCCAGCUUCAAAAUUAUCUGUACUGUGACAGAGGGUAGAAAUUGAGCGUAUUUUGUCAAGUAGAUGGCAUAGCUGUUUUGGAAAAAGUCCUAGAGCAGAUAUUGUAACAUAGGCUGUUUUAUACUACCCUCUUGAGGUUGAUGUCAUAUUUGCAAGAGUGAAAAUACUGCACACAUUUAUAGGUCCAAAGAUUUUUUUUCUCUAGAUCACCAGCAAAAUCUGGGAGAGUUCUGUUGCCCUCUUGCUUUGCUUUUUUUAAGAUAGACAGACUUAGAACGUUCUGUUUCAUAAGCUGGAGCAGCAACAACACAGCAUAAUAGCCUGUACCUCAAUCUGUAUGCUGUGGACUAGCUUAGCCAUAGUUUUUAUUUCUCAGUGAGUAGACUGUAUCCUACACAACUCUGUCAGAAUUCUAGAAGCAGCCAUCCUAACUACAGAGCUGUUUAUUUUAAGAAAAGAUUUAUGCAGUAUCUCUAGCUGACAGCUUAUUUCCUGUACUUUGGGCAGCUGAUUGGCUGGCUGUUUCCAUGGAAUAUGCUUAGAAAACAUUAAUUAUAAAUAGAACAUAAGCCAUAGAUGUGCUGUGGAAGUGAUGAUUAGAG